CUCUCUCCCAACCAGGCCCAAAUGGCCCCCUGGUCAGAGUUUCAAUUACCGAAACGUUUGAGGACCUGUCAGCAAGGCGGCGCAAGUUUGUGAAGGGUUUAGGACAGAGACCGUAAUAGUAUAAGCGUUAAACCCUAAACCCCAAAAUUUUGGGAAAUCGAACGAAGACGAAGAUGGAGAAGGGCAUGCUGUCUGCAGACUUGGAGGGUCUUCCCGAAGAAGACAAGCACAGAAUGGCCACCUUGAUCGAUCAGCUCCAGAUUCGAGACAGUCUGAGGAUGUAUAAUUCAUUGGUGGAGAGAUGCUUUACUGACUGCGUAGACACCUUUUAUCGCAAAGCGCUGACGAAGCAAGAGGAUACGUGCGUUCGUAGGUGCGCUGAGAAGUUCCUCAAGCACUCGAUGCGCGUUGGCGUGAGGUUUGCAGAGCUUAAUCAAGGAGCUGCUACUCAAGAUUGAGCUAAGCUCUAUAUAUGAAUCACUUUUUGGUAUGGAAGUCUUGAAAAUCUUUCGAAUUGGUUUACGGAAGUUGCAAUUUGUUUAGCCUUGAUUCUAGAAUUGUGUUUCUUACACUGAUUAGAUUUGUACAUUUUCAAAAGAAAAAAUAUUCAUUGUGAGGUUUUACAGUUA